GAUUCCAUCCAUUCCAUUCCCUGUCGUCCAAACACAAUCCCCUUUCUCCCCUUUUCCUCUUCAAAGGGUCCGACCAUUUUUUUUGUUCUUUCUUUCUGGGUUAAUUACAAACAGUGAAAGUUUUAUCUUUUUGUUUGUAAUUUUCUCUCAAAAUACAAUCAUCUCACUUAUGGCCAUUGUUCAUCAAUUGGGUUUUGACCAGAAUCACAAAAAACCAAUUUGAGAAACGAGAAUUUGGUGCUAAGGGGUGACUGUUCUUCAAUGAUCCCUAAACCUUGAUUCUGCUUCUGGGAUUUUCCCCCUGUUCAAACCCAUUUCUUGUUCUUCUUCUUUGAUUUGAUUUCAUUUUCCUACCUUCAAAUCCACUCAGGAUUCAUCGUUCAAGCUCGGGAUCGAGUAGAAAUGGGGAGGACUGAUGAUAAUGUUGCUAUUAUUGGAGAUUGGGUUCCUCCAAGUCCCAGCCCAAGAACCUUUUUCUCAGCAAUGCAAAUGCUAGGGGAGGAUAUUAGUUCUAGACCUACCAUGGAUACUACCAGUAAUGAUCAUAAAACUGAAAAAAUCUUUCUCAGGCCUCGAGAACAUACGGUAUCAGAAAAUGCCGCUGCAAGAGGCGGGGUCCCGGGUGCCAAUUCUGGUGAUCGAGCAACGGAGUUCGGUACGUUAUCAGAGCAGAAAUUCCGCGGGGGACUUGUGGAAAGGAUUGCAGCCAGAGCUGGAUUUAAUGCUCCAAGAUUGAAUACAGAAAGCAUUAGAUCAACAGACCAUUCUUUGAAUUCAGAAGUAAAGUCCCCUUACUUGACAAUACCACCUGGUCUCAGUCCAACUACAUUGCUAGAUUCUCCAGUUUUUCUUUCAAAUUCACUGGCUCAGCAAUCUCCCACAACUGGAAAGUUCCAAUUUUUAGGAAAUGUUUGUAGUAAUCGGAGCUCGACGAUUAUGUCGGAGGCCAACAAUAAAGGCAACAACAAUCCUUUCGAUGAUAACAGUACAUCAUUUGCUUUCAGACCUAGUGUGGAAUCUGGAUCCUCCUUUUUUCUCAGUGCAGCAAGCAAAGUAAUUUCACUUCCAUCUCCCAAAAAAACAGCUUCUGCUACUAUUCUUCCACAAUCUUGUCCAAGAAUUGAGGUUCCAGUUCCACGUUCAGAAAAUUCUUUUCAAUCUCAUCUUGUAGAACCAUCUCUGUCUUUACCCCAAAAUCAAAUCGGUCACCAUCCUCAAGUGGGACUCUCUACAUCAUAUGUGGAGAAGGAUGAUGGCGGUAAGACUGUGUUGGAUGAUCAAGGACCCUUUGAUUCUCUAUGUGGUGGUGGUGGUGGUGGUGGUGAACAUUCUUCGCCACUCAACGAGCAACCAGAUGAAGGGGAGCAAAGAGGCAGUGGGGAUUCUAUGGCUGGUGGUGGUUGUGGUGCUCCCUCGGAGGAUGGAUAUAACUGGAGAAAAUAUGGACAAAAACAAGUUAAAGGAAGUGAGUAUCCUCGGAGUUAUUACAAGUGCACACAUCCAAACUGUCAGGUCAAGAAGAAAGUCGAGCGAUCUCACGAGGGCCAUAUAACAGAGAUCAUCUAUAAAGGAGCACAUAAACACCCAAAGCCCUCACCAAACCGACGAGCAGCAAUCGGAUCUUCUGAUUCCCAUAUCAAUAUGCAACUAGACAUCCAAGCACAAGCAGGCCAUCAGAAUGCUGAAGUUCCCCUUUGGGAAGAUUCACAAAAAGGGAUUCCAGGUGGAGCUCCUGAUUGGAUGCAAGAGAACCUUGAGGUGACUUCUUCAGCAUCCUUGGGUCCUGAAUAUGGCAAUCACCUUAACCCUUUACAGGCUCAAAAUAACAGUCAUAUUGAAACAGUUGAGGCUAUUGAUGCCUCAUCCACAUUCUCUAAUGAUGAAGAUGAAGAUGAUAGGGGGACACAUGGCAGUAUAACAUUGGGAUAUGAGGGGGAAGGAGAUGAAUCUGAGUCUAAAAAAAGGAAACUCGAUGCCUAUGUAACAGAGAUGAGCGGAGCCACUAGAGCUAUCCGUGAGCCUAGAGUUGUAGUCCAGACUACCAGUGAAGUAGAUAUUCUGGACGACGGCUAUCGUUGGCGCAAAUAUGGACAGAAGGUUGUGAAAGGAAAUCCAAAUCCUAGGAGUUACUACAAGUGCACGAAUCCUGGCUGCACGGUGAGGAAGCAUGUCGAGCGGGCAUCACAUGACCUGAAAUCUGUGAUAACCACAUAUGAAGGAAAACACAAUCAUGAUGUUCCUGCCGCUCGCAACAGCAGCCACAUUAGUUCUGGUACAUCCAGUCCAGUAACAGGUCAAAACACGACCGCAGCAAUGCAAACGCAUGUUCAUAGGUCAGGGCCACCCCAGACUCAAAACACUAUUCCAAGAUUUGAAAGGCCAGCCUUUGGCUUUUCUGGAAGACAGCAAAUGGGCACUGCCCAUGGCUUUGCUUUUGGAAUGAACCAACCUGGACUGGGAAAUCUGAACAUGGCAGCAGUUGGCCAAGCCAAGCUUCCUGUUAUGCCAAUGCAUCCUUACUUAGCACAAGCACACCAUGUUAAUGAAAUGGGUUUCUUGUUGCCUAAAGGAGAGCCCAAUGUAGAACCUACAUCUGAUCUUGGCCUGAACUUUAAUGGUUCAACCGUGUAUCAGCAAAUUAUGAGUAGGCUUCCACUUGGACCUGAGAUAUGAUUGAUCGGACGAAACGACAUAAUUCUAGUGGAAACAAUUGGCACAAUAUUCACAUAAUCAGAAUUCAAGAAUUUCAACCAAAAGGAUCCAUAACUUGCAACUACAAA